AAAGGUAAUUAAUUAACUAACUAUAUCUACGGUGCAAAACCACCCGACGAAAUUCACCAGGUAUAGCACAUACAGAUAAGACCGUCAAAUCUUAUCUUUUAAAAAUAAACCAUUAAUAUUUUUUGCAGCAAACCUUAAUAAUCUCUUAUUUUUUCCUAUAUAAACGUGACUCCUAUAGAAUCACCUCUUCCAACGCCUACAAAAUACAAACUAAUUCCAAAUUUUUUACACUGAACAAAAUAUUACCCAAAAAAAAAUAUUAAUAAAUAAAAAAAAAAAAAAAUGUCUUCCUCAAGUGUAAGUAUUUUGUUCACAAUAACAAUAUCCGUUCUUUUAUUCUCAACAAAGAGCGCUGCUGCUUCUUCAUCAUCCUUGAUCAACGACGCAUGCUCGACGACCAACCGCGACAACUUCGACGUGAAAUCGUGCGUCGCGACGCUCGAAUCCGACAAAAAGAUUGCCUCCGCGAAGAACUUCCACGAUUUGUCGGCGGCGAUACUCAAGGCCGGGAUCGUGGACACCACCGCUACGAGGGCGUACCUGAUUAAGAAGGCGGCCGAGAAAUCGAACCAGAAGGAUGUUUACGAUCAGUGCAAGUUGGCGUACGACUCGGUGAUUGGGAAUAUCAAGGGUGCACUGAGUGAACUCGACGACGACCCGAUGAGUGCCACGUACGAUCUCAGCCUCGCCAGUAACGACUCGAUGCAGCCGUGCCUCGCCGCCCUAAGGGCGGCGGGCGCCGCCGCUGACAAGACUGUUCUGGCUGGGAAUAAUGAUUUGUUUAUAUACAUUUUCUCUGCAAUCGCGGCGUGUGAUAAAAUAUAACACGCACAUACCCGUGCGUGUGUGUGUGUGUAUGUGUGGGGAAGAUGAAUAAAAGUUGGUCGUGGGGGCGGUUUGUAUUUUAUUAAUUAUUUUUAUUUUUAUUUUUAUUUUUUUAAUUUUUGGAACUUGUUGAAAUUCAUGUGGGUCUAUUAUUAUUAUAAGACCUUGUGUACUAUGUUUGAUUGAUUUUAAUAUAUUAUUUAUUA